ACAGUUGAAGGGAAAUGGUAGUACCCACUUAAGCCAGCGACAAAGCCCGGAUGAUAGGGCCAUCCCCUCUCCCUUUAAAGUUUUAAUACCAGAUUUUUGUUGAAUUUAUUUUUUGCGAUGUAUUUAUAAAUUCUUGGCUAAAUGUUGGGUUCUGCGAUGUGUUAUGUGUUUGUGUCCCUCCAAAACUCCUAGCCGCCACCACCACCCAACAAACACAAAUUUACAACACACACAACUCAGACAGUUCCAUUUCUAGUUUUUUUCCUAUAAUUCUUCUUCGCUUUUGCUUCUUCAAUUCUUAAUCUCUACUUUCUUCUUUCUGAAAUGGAUUGCUGGACUUCAUCUCUUAGAGUUGAUGAUGAGUAUGAGAAGCUUGUGCUUCGAAUGAACCCUCCAAGGGUCACUGUUGAAAACUCCUCAAGCAGGAAGGCUACUUUGAUAAAGGUUGAUAGUACAAAUAAGCGUGGAAGUUUGUUAGAGGUUGUUCAGGUUUUGAAUGACAUGGAUCUUAUAAUUCGUCGAGCUUACAUUUCUUCAGAUGGGGAGUGGUUCAUGGAUGUGUUUCAUGUUACAGAUAAGCAUGGGAACAAGCUCUCGGAGAAUGACGUAGCUGAAAGAAUUCAACAGUCACUGGGACCAAGGGCUCGAAGCUUCCGAUCCUUAAGAAGGUCUGUGGGUGUUCAAGCUGCCCCAGAACACACAACCAUUGAACUGACAGGAAGAGACAGGCCUGGUUUACUUUCAGAGGUUUUCGCUGUUCUUACCGACCUCAAAUGUAAUGUGGUAGCUGCAGAAGUCUGGACCCAUAAUUCUAGAAUGGCAUCAGUGGUUUACAUUACUAGUGAAGCUACUGGAUUGCCAAUUGACGAUCCUGAUACACUUUCUAAGAUCAAACAACUUCUUUUGCAUGUUCUCAAAGGGCAUAGAGAUAAGAGGAGUGCCAAUACCGUUGUUUCUGUGGGUUCCACUCAUAAGGAAAGGAGGCUGCAUCAAAUGAUGUAUGCUGAUCGUGAUUAUGAUAUGAAUGAUACAGUCGGGUCAGCAAGUAAGCGAUGCAAACCUCUUGUAACUAUUGAAAAUGUUUCAGAUAAGGGAUACACUGUUGUGAACUUGAGGUGCCCAGACCGCCCUAAGCUACUGUUUGAUACGGUGUGCACAUUGACGGAUAUGCAAUAUGUGGUGUACCAUGCAACUGUCAUAGCUGAAGGACCAGAGGCUCACCUGGAAUAUUAUAUCAGGCAUAUGGACGGGAACCCUAUUAGUUCUGACGCGGAGAGACAAAGGGUAGUAAAUUGCUUGGAGGCUGCCAUCAAGAGACGAGCUUCUGAGGGAAUAAGUCUAGAACUUCGUUGUGAAGACAGAGUUGGCCUUCUGUCUGAUGUUACUCGCAUAUUCAGAGAAAAUGGUCUUUCAGUCACCCGAGCUGAGGUUACUACCAGGGGUUCCCAAGCUGCAAACAUUUUCUAUGUGAUUGACACAUCAGGAAAUCCUGUGAAGAGUGAAACAAUUGAAGCAGUUCGUCAAGAGAUUGGUCAGACUAUACUUAGAGUGAAGGAUGAAGCUGACUCAAAUUCUUCACCUCAGGAGAGUGGAAGAUUUUCUCUGGGUAAUCUAUUCAGAAGUAGAUCAGAGAAGUUCCUCUAUCAGUUGGGCUUGCUAAAGUCAUAUUCUUGAGUUGCUCACUGGGUAAACUAGAAGUUGCCAGAGCAUGUACAUGUUGGUUUAGUUUGCCUUAGUUAUAGAGCCACAUUGCAAUGCAUUUAUGUUAGUCCCAUCAAGACCGUCAGGUCGGUCAGGCCACACGCUUGUUCCAACAAUGUAGAGCUUCAUGUAAAUACAUUUCAUAUUUGCUUCUCUUUUGUCUUGAAAGAUAUUGUAAAUGCAUACAUAACUCUUCUUCUACUUGGUAGAAUUUUCAUUUCA